UUAAUAGUUUUUUUUAUAUUAUUAAAAAUGUUCAUGAAAUUGUAUAAAAACUAUUACAUUGUAUGAUCUUAUUGAAGUUUUAUUAAUUUGGUUACUAACAAAAUAUGUUUAUUUAAGUGUUAAAAUGUAUUUUUGGCUUGAAACAUUUGGAUUUAACUAAAAGUGAGUGUUCUACUUAAUACACAGGUACCCUCUAAAUUCUACAUUCAUUUUAGGUUUAAAUUAAAAUAUAAUCUUGUUAAAAUAAUUAUGGCAUUGAUAUUACAUUAAAAAUAACCAUUAAUAUCAUACCCAUACUUUUGAUGACAAAUCCAUGCAGUAAAUAAAAACUAAAGGUGUUUUAUAAGGAAUCCUGUUAUACAGAAUAAAAUGUGUCUAUAGUUGUAUCAAGUUUGCAAGAUCUUAAUAGGUCAAAAGACUCAGUAAUGUUAUCAAUAUUUCUUGAAUAAAAUCUUAAACAAAAAUUCUCUAACAAAUCAAUAAUAAAACUAAAAUUAUGACAACAUCAAUUCGGGACAAACAAAUUGCUGCGUUGAAGCAAAUGCUCAACUUAAAUAGUCCAGAGUAUAAAGAUAAUGGUUCAGAACCAGUAUGGAAAGUACUUAUUUAUGAUCGCCGUGGCCAAGAUAUCCUAUCACCAUUAAUUCCAAUUAAAGAACUACGAGAAUGUGGUGUAACAUUGCACCUAAGCAUUCAUUCUGAACGAGAUCCCAUUCCUGACGUAGCAGCUAUUUAUUUUUGUAUGCCAGAUCAAGAUAAUCUCGACAGAAUAGCUCAAGACUUUCAGAAUAAUGUAUAUGAAAAAUAUUAUUUAAACUUUAUAUCUGCUAUUUGCCGUCAAAAACUAGAGGAUUUAGCUAGUUCAGCAUUACAAACUGAAAAUGUAAGCCAUGUUCAUAAAAUUUAUGACCAAUAUUUAAAUUUUAUUUCUUUGGAAGAUGAAUUGUUUAUAUUAAGCAAUCAAAAUGCUCAAUCAGUAUCAUAUUAUGCAUUGAACCGUGCAGAUGCGAAAGAUACUGAUGUAGAAGUAAUGAUGGAUGAUACUGUUGAUGGUUUAUAUUCAGUUUUUGUAACUCUUGGAACAUUACCUAUUAUUCGCAGUGCUCGUGGUAAUGCUGCAGAAAUGGUAGCUGAAAAAUUAGACAAAAAAUUAAGGGAAAAUUUAAGAGAUACUAGAAAUAGUUUAUUCUCAUCAGAGAACUCUGGAAUUUACAAUUUUCAACGACCUCUCUUGGUUGUACUUGACCGGAAUAUUGAUAUGGCAACACCUCUACAUCACACAUGGACCUAUCAAGCGUUAGUACAUGAUGUUUUAAAACUAAAUUUAAAUAGGGUUACAGUAGCUCAAGAGCAAAAGAAACCAAAAACUUUUGAUCUAGAUCCAAAAGAUUCCUUUUGGACGACUCACAAAGGAAGCCCUUUUCCUACAGUAGCAGAAUCAAUUCAAUCUGAACUGGAGCAUUUAAAGAAUUCUGAAGAAGAAGUAAAACAGUUGAAAGAAUCUAUGGGUUUAGACGGCGAAAGUGAUGUGGCUUUAGCCAUGAUGAGUGAUAACACUGCUAAACUGACAUCUGCUGUUAAUUCUUUACCACAAUUAUUAGAGAAGAAAAGAUUAAUAGACAUGCAUACGGAUUUAGCUACGAGCAUUUUAUCUGUGAUUAAAUCGCGACGUUUAGAUUUGUUGUUUGAAUUUGAGGAAAAAGUAAUGAGCCAAGCAUCUUUAGAUAAGCAAAUAUUAGAUAUUAUAAAUGAUACAGAAGCUGGAACUGCUGAAGAUAAAAUGAGACUUUUUAUAAUUUAUUACAUCUAUACACAUUCCAUAACAGAUUCAGACACAGAUAUGUAUUCAUCAGCUUUAGAGAAACAAGGUUGUGAUCUCAGCCCACUUAAAUACAUUAAAAGAUGGAAAAUGUUUUCUAAUAUCACAUCAACAUCAAAUCAGUAUGGAGGUGGUACUAAAUCUGUUAAUAUGUUUGAAAAAUUACUUUCUCACACUUCCUCAUUUGUUAUGGAAGGAGUAAAAAAUUUAGUAGUUAAAAGACACACGUUUCCUGUGACUAGAAUUGUUGAUGAAUUAUUAGAAAAUAAACAGUCAUCUGGCACAUCAGAUGAAUUUCGUUAUUUUGAUCCAAAACAGCUACGUAGUUCCGAUGGGUUUAAGUCAAAAAAUAAUUUUAGUGAGGUUAUAGUGUUUAUAGUUGGCGGAGGCAAUUACAUUGAAUAUCAAAAUUUAUUGGAGUAUGUAAGAAAUAAAACUGUGUCACCUGGUGUACCACAAUUGAGAAUUGUCUAUGGGUCAACUGUAGUGAACAAUGCACCGGAAUUCUUAGAACAGCUGUCAUUAUUGGGUCAGGAAUUACACUAAUUUUAUUUAUAGUAUAAUGUGUAAUUAUUAUAUUUUUUUUAUAUUAAAUUCAUAUUUAUAUAUUUAUGUAAAAUGUAUUAAUGUUUGUUUACAUUAUAAGUGUUAUUGUAAUUUAUCAAAAAACAAAUUUAAAAAAUUAUAAUAGAUAAAAAUAUUAUUUUAACAUAAAUCAUGUCAAUAUCAAUGAAUACUUUAAACCAUCAGCUGUUUAAGGCUUAAUAUAAUUAAGGUUGUUAAAGAUCAAUUCAAUAUAUUUUAUUCACAUUUCA